CCCUCCAGCUUUUACCUUCAGCCCUUCCCGUCUAUAGAACUGGAACCUUCCCAGACCUUCUCUGCCCAUAUAUCUGACUGUGGCCCCGGGUCCCUGCCUCAUCUCUGGCCUCUGCCUCUCUGCCUCCUACAAAGUGGGGGGUCAGGCUGGGAAAGCCCCCUGGGAAACUCCCACAGAGCAGGGAGUAGGGGGAGGGGAGGCAGGGUCUCAGACCUCGGAAGGCCGCCAGCCCGCUAUUAUUUAAACGGCUUCCCCUAGCAGUCACAAGACAGAGGGAAGGCAUGGAGCCCAGCCUGGCCCUCCUGCUGGCCCUGGCCACUGUGCCCUUUCAGCUCUGCAGAGGCCAGCCCCUCCGGGUGGAUCCCCCUGGGCCUGAGAUACCUGUGGCCAUAGGAACAUCCCUCCAGCUCAACUGCACCCUGCCCUGUGAAGAGGGAGUAUCCCGGGUGCACUGGACUGGCCUGGACACCAACCUGGGCAAUGUACAGACCCUCCCGGGCAGCAGCAACCUCGCUGUCCACGGCAGGCUGUCAGACACAGGCACUCGUGUGUGUGUGGGCUCCUGUGGGAGCCGAAGAUUCCAGCACUCUGUACAGAUCCUGGUGUACGCCUUCCCAGAGCAGCUGGUGAUGUCCCCGGAGUUCCUUGUACCCGGACAGGACCAAGAAGUGUCCUGCACAGCCCACAAUAUCUGGCCUGCAGGCCCCGACAUUCUCUCCUUUGCCCUGCUACUGGGAGACCAGAAACUGGAGGGGGCCCAGGCCCUGGAACCAGAACAAGAGGAGAUGACGCAGGAGGCCGAGGGCACACCGCUGUUCCGAGUGACACAGCGCUGGCUGUUACCCACCCUGGGGACCCCUGCUCCUCCUGCCAUCACCUGCCAGGCCACCAUGCAGCUGUACAGCCUGGUGCUGACCCGCAAAAGAGAGCUGCCAGUCCUACAGAGCCAGGCCUCACCAGAGGCCCCCAACACUACGUUUGCCGAGCCCUACACCCUGACCUCAUCACACACUGCUGAGGCUGCCUCCACUGGGCUCCCCAACAGCAGGGCCCCACCAUCUACGCCUCUGCACUCCACACUCAGCCCUUGGACUGUGAGCUCUGCUGGAACUUGCCGCCCCGAAAUCCACCAGGGCCUGGAGGCAGGCCAGAAGCUACUCUGUGAGGCACGCUGUGGGCCUGGAGUGACCGUGCGCUGGACCUUGGCUCCAGGCAACCUGGCAAACUACCAUAAGGAGGAGUCCGGGGCCCAGGCAUGGCUAAGCAAGCAACCCCCUGGUCCCAUCCCAGAAGGCUGGUUCCAGUGCCGCCUGGACCCUGGGGGGCAGGUAGCCAGUCUGUAUGUCCCAGGCCAAGUGAUCCCAAAUCCCUCCUCCACGGCCGCCCUAUGGAUCAGCAGCUUGCUGCUGGGGCUGCUCCUGCUGGUCUUCCUAGCCUCCCGCCUAUGGAAACGCUACGGGCCAAGUCUUCGCCCGGACACCAGCUCAUGUACUUAUGAGCUAUGA